AAGUGACGCGGUUGUGAUUUCUGGGAAGAAGCUGGCCCAGCAGAUCAGGCAGGAAGCCCGUCAUGAGGUUGAGCAGUGGGUAGCAGCUGGAAACAAGAGACCUCACCUCAGCGUUGUUCUUGUCGGUGAAAAUCCAGCGAGUCACUCCUAUGUACUGAACAAAACCAAAGCAGCUACCGAUGUUGGAAUCAGCAGUGAAACAAUCCUCAGGCCGGCUUCUAUUACUGAAGAGGAGCUACUGGAGUUGAUCAGCAAACUCAACAAUGACGCCAAUGUGGAUGGCCUGCUAGUGCAGCUUCCUUUACCCGAACAUAUCGAUGAGCGCAGGAUUUGCAACGCUGUGAAUCCAGACAAAGAUGUUGACGGCUUUCAUGUGAUAAACGUGGGGCGCAUGUGCCUCGACCAGUACUCCAUGCUGCCAGCUACCCCGUGGGGGGUGUGGGAGAUCAUUAAGAGAACUGGCAUCCCAACGCUGGGGAAGAACGUGGUGGUGGCUGGCAGGUCGAAGAACGUGGGCAUGCCCAUCGCCAUGUUGCUGCACACGGAUGGCAGGCACGAGCGCCCGGGAGGCGAUGCCACGGUCACAAUAUCCCACCGCUACACUCCCAAGGAGGAGCUGAAGCAACACACAAUCCGUGCCGAUAUUGUGAUAGCGGCAGCAGGCAUACCCAACCUGAUCACGGCCGACAUGAUCAAAGAAGGAGCUGCAGUUAUCGACGUGGGGAUAACGAGAGUGCAGGAUCCUGUCACUGCCAAAUCGAGGCUGGUCGGGGAUGUGGAUUUUGAAGGGGUGAAGAAGAAAGCCAGCUACAUCACGCCGGUCCCCGGGGGGGUCGGGCCCAUGACAGUUGCCAUGCUGAUGAAGAACACCAUCAUCGCUGCCAAGAAGGUGUUGAAACCCAAAGAGCUGGAAGCAUUAACCGCUUAACGUGGGACUCCUAGCACUGAAAACGACAUUCCAAACUGAAUCCCAAACAGGCCGACAGAAAAUGCAAUAUUUUUAUUUAUUGUAUUGGGAGUGGAGUUUCCUAUUCCGAGGUUGUAG